AUCCGAUUCGGACGAGGUGGACGGCUGUGAGGGAUGGGGAGGAAUGGGAGGAGGUGGAUUUGUGGCCUUGAUUGAUAUAUCUUUUUUCAUUAUUGAUGGGGAUAGGUGCUAUUUUUGUUAGGGUGAUAAAGGUGAUGUUAUGUGUUUCAUUAUUUUAUGUAGAUUAUAUGAUUGUUUUUUUGUAUGCUGUGUCGGACAAUGCAACUAAAUGAGGAUAUGUGAUGAAACCUGGCUCGUCUUUGAAUGUAGCGGUGAGAUAAACCCGAGGUUCAUUGUCUUGUUUGUCACGGCUUUGUUGCUUGUCCGGAUAAAGCGUUUUGUGUGGACAUUGCCGAUGAGUUGUAUUCUGAAACACAUAAUUAGCAUAAAGAACACCUCCAUCGGGACAACAUCGUUGUGUUUCAUGCCGGGAUCAAUCUAUAAAUCGGCUAUAGCCAUCAGCAAUUAUUAUCCACUCUGUCCUACCGUUAUAAAUCAUAGCUGAAUCGACUCCCUCCCUGUAUUAACAUCCUCCGCGGUGUAACCCACGAACAAACAAAUCCUCAAACC